CACAGCACCGGUUUCCAUUCACAGCACCGGUUUCCAAUCACAGCACCGGUUUUUAUUUGUCAGUGGCUAUAGAAUACUUGCGCAGCAAAAUGCCUGCAACAUGUGCUUGCGCCGUCACGCUCGUCUGCCAUUCGUCGUCUGUCAUUCGUUUAGGAGUAAGGGUAGAUACAGGAAGCGGGCCACAAUCUGCAUCAGAAGUAAUAUCUACAACUGGUGGGGCGGCAUGGAGAUGGCCCAGAACCGCCCCAAAGGGCUUUCUUUCAUGAUUAGUAGCAAUGGUUGAAUGCUCUAACUGCGGAAAUCUGGAGGGAGAUCCCCAAGAUUUCUUGGCUGUUGCCGCCGAGAUAAGGCGAAGUUCAAAACAUCUAUAAAGCCGGCAGCCUUGUCCGCAGAUUCACACCGCAUUUUGGCACAGACCAGCUUGCCUCAUCCUUCACAGAUCGCCUCCUGCACGCUUCCUUCGACCAUGCGUUGGCUAGGCAACAUUUUCCCAUGUUGGGGCUCCAGGAAACAUGGAGGCCGCAAGUUAUCAGCAGCACAGUACGGAAGCAACACGAAUCGGGGCUCGGGCGAACUAACUGAUUUCGUUGGCGAGAUGCCCCCUUAUUUGGAAGAAGUCAAGCCUGCACAGGGACCCUAUUACGUCAAUGGCGUGAAGAAUCAGACAUUGGAGAAGAAGCCCAUUGACACAGAUUCUAAUAGCCUGUCUGAUCAGAGUACUGUCGUGAGUUUUGAGGUCCAGACCACCGAGAAGACACCAAUCAACCUGGACUCCGAUAGCCUCUCUGAUCAAAGUACCGUCGUUGGGUUGGAGAUCCAGAACACAGAGCAGACACAAAUCAAGCUCGACUCCGGUAGUCUCUCUGGUCAGGUUACUGUUACUGAAAGCAUUGAAAUUUCCAAGCCUGAUCAUCAUGAGGACCUUCAGUUCUGUGGUAGUACGAACGCUUUACCGGUCGAGCCAUCUGGGAAGCUGAUGGCCACCUUCUUGUGGACCAAGGAUGUUUGUCCUGAUUCCCUCGAGCUGGUGGAUGUCAUUCCAGGUUCGGACAAGAAGUCUGGUCUUGUGGAGGGAAUCUUCCGCUACAAGAGCUCUCUGGUUCCUAUAUUCAUUCCUUCACGGUAUGCCGAGCAGCGACAAUGCCAGCCACGCCAUUGUGGCACUUCUCAAGUUGAUGCACCGAUGGAGGAGUCACCUACGGAUCACAAACUUGGAAACGAAAGUCCGCUACCAUGCAGCACGGGAUUUUUAGCCCUACCACCCACUCCACCUACGACUCCCACACCCAGAGAAGCAUCAAACACUGCGCAAUCCGACAAUUUUAUAAACUGCACCAACUGGGGCGCCUUUGCUGCCUGGGCACAAGCGCCAUCCCCAUAUCAGGAGUCAUACUGAUAAUACGUUUCUGUUAUGCUAUGUUCGUAAUUCUUUGUCAGGUUGUUGAAGUAUGCUAGUAAUACAAGUUAGCUCCGUUUAUUCGCAUGGAUACAUUAGGAUACCUUUAGCACCUGGAUACUUAGCAACUCGAAAGAGGCAUAACACCGUUACAGAGAGGGAGCUUUGUACUCCAAGAAAGAAGAAGGAAGUUUUGGACAAUGGAGAACAGAGGACAGUAUGUAUCAGAAGCUAGCUGGACAUCCGCAUACUAACGGACACAGGAAGGCAGCCCUUGUGAUGUGGGACCAUGGAGGAGAGCAGGAGACGCACGGAAACAUGGCUGGGAACAACACGCACCCCGUGUACGUUUCAGGCGAUUCUGUUGCUGCUGUGAUGAAGAAGUGGCGGUUAAGGAGCUAUACUGCGGUAUCUGUUCGCACAUGAGCUGCGCGGAAUGCCUGUUAAGGCAGGGAUCAUAGUAACUAGUAUACUUAGUUAGAGCUCCUGCAGCCCAAGAAAAAAAAAAUGCGCGAGGAAUCAACUUAUGGGCAUCCAUAAUCAAUACCGCUGUUUGCGCUACUAAAUCCUUUGCGUCCGGGCUUGCGUGGCA